AUGACCACUUACCAAUCGAUCGAAGAAGGAAUACCUCGUAAUCAUCCUAGUGGUUCUGGAAGUGAUGACGAUAAAAUUGGUUUGCUAAGUAAUGUUAAACGUCGUAGACAAUUUUUAAAUUUUUUAAAAAUUGCUAUUGGAGUGAUUUGCUUUGGUACUAUUUUAUGGUGCUCUUUCAUUUGGUUCCAAGUAUCUGAUGGUAUUUCAUUUCACCAGUUGUGUCUAAAUCCAGUUAUGAGGGAAAAAUACACGUUUUUUGGAGAUAACAAUUCCAUUGGAACAUUGGCUGCGCAGAAUG